AUGAGUACCAACAACCUAUCCGGCGUAUUCACAAUAACCAAUCUUCAGUUCCACAAUCGUGCAUGCCUUCUCAAGGAUGACGACAAGGAGCCUAUAACGUGCACCAUUCCAGCCGAUAUGUCGACGGUGAAUGCCAUGGAGCAGUGGGAGCUGACGCCUACAUCCGACCACCGUUACUCCAUCAAGAAUGUGCACUUCGAAAGCAACAUCACCACUGAUAUCCGACCUACAAGUUCUGCUACGGUCUUUGCGUCGAGAUAUAGAGCUUGGUGGAUAAUCAAGGAAAUGGAUCCCGCGACAUAUGGGCCGGAUACCUACAGCAUAUUCUCAAGGGAUUCUUCUGAACUUUGCUGGGGUGUCCGCGACGGAGACAGUGAGACUCCGUCUGUUGAGCAUGGGCUUGAACGACGGAAUAUUUCAGUCGAGAUUGAGUGGACCGAUCUGCCCCGUGACCACAUCAUAGAAUUUCCUGAUUCGUUGGCCGUCUUAUACCACGGAGAGGUGAUAGCGGACGCCGAAGUGGAUGAGUACAAGACCAGUGCUGACACUCCCUUGCGAAUGAGCUUGCAUGCGAGAGAUACUCCUGCGUUCACGGCCUUCGCGUCCUCCAUCCUGUGUGAUGACCAUAUCCAAGUCACUCUGGAGGCUCACAAGUUCAGAUUUUACCCGCGUAAAUCUGUGGAGCGUCCUGCCGAUUGGCAUUAUGUCUAUGAGGCACUGCUACGCAAGGACCUUACCUUUGAAGCAGGUCUUCACGCUUUCAGAGAGAAUGUUGCGCUGAGUGAUCUCAAGAUCCUCAGUAGUGGCUCUGACGACAAGGAGACGUAUUUGGAGUCGUCGGUCAAUGUGUCAAUUUUCAAUACGUCUCGUUUCUCCUGCGCGGCGGAUCUUGCCGUGGGGGUCUACUUCGGUAACACAAAGGAACUUCAUCUUCGCCGUCAGAAUCCAGACGUACAUGAACUCAAAUGGCGCUUCCGCCCAAUGAAUCCCGCAAACCAAGAGGUGCAGAUGCUCUUGGAGCAGCACUUCACGACAAAACAACAACUGCCCGUAGUGAUCAGUGUGGAGAAUAUUAGUGCUACGAUCUGUGGUCGCUUGUUCAACUUACCUCGGUUCAAGAUCAAUUCGCACAUUGCAGGACUCGGCAUCAACCUCGUCAAGCAUGUUGACGUGCAUAUUGGUGCCUUUGGACUACUCACGCAACGCAAAGUGUCUUUCGAAUUUACGUUCUCAAAUCCCAUUAACGCACCUUUGGAGCUUUGCGACAUCGAGCUCGACGUGAUCGUGAAGGGGAUACGUAUAGCCAAUGUGAAACACCAUUUCGGCGAAAACUCGAAGUCGUUCCGCAUCGAUAAGAAGGGAGAAGCAAAGAGUCCAAAAAUCUCGAAUGCAUAUCUGGUGGCGUCGUAUUUGAAGACAGUGCAAUUGGUGACAGACUCGAGCGCCUGUCUUGAUAUUGAAGUGAAGUCUGCCGCCAUCAAGAUUGAUCAAUACGACUUGCAAGGCCUGACAUUCAAUAUGAAGAACAUUCCGUUCAAACAUCCGGGAUUGCCUAAUGAGGCAGGAAGAGGAGCGAAGGAAUUUGGUGGUGUAAACACUUCACUACAGGAGUGCUUUCAGAACCCGCGCCGCAAGGGUGACAUUUUGUUCAUCAUCAAGUACGAAAUGAACCUCGUCAAUCUUCCUCCCGAGCUCCUUGCUUAUAUUCUCGCCUAUCUUCCACUUCCUGGCCUCGCUGCAUGCCUCAGCGUGAAUCGUCGCCUGCACGACAUCAUCGUUUCGGAUGUCUUACUCCAGUACAUCGUCGAGCUGCGAGCUGCCGGUGUCGAGAACAACUCCAGCCCUUCAUGCCGCCUUACCAUCGCCGACCGCCUUCGUAUGCUGCGCCAAAGAGAACAGGCUUGGGAGUGUCUCGAGUUUGGACGAAUCACGAGCAUCCCCGUGAAGCAUAAUCCGUCUGGCAUCUACGAUCUCACGGGCGGUCUUUUCCUGCUUGGUGAAUCUCGCUCUCCGACGCGCACAGGCACCAAUGCUCUCCACUUUGUACGCUUGCAGUCUGCAAUCAGUGUAUCAACGGAGUCAGAAGGAGAACAUAUCGCAGCAGACGCGAAUUGGUCCGGGAUUGAUCUGGGUGCAAACAUCGUCGACAUAGGUCUCGCGGUGCAAGAGCAUGACCUUAUUGCGAUCGUGACAUAUAAGUACUGGACCCCAAUGUCUCCCGACUUCAUGGCGGCGAUCGACGUCCAUCUCAUGAAGCUCUCCUCUGGCAAAUAUCACCCUGCUGCAUCACAGGGAACAAUCCAUGUGGCAGACAUUCCCUUUGCUCCUGGAUAUUGCAGUGUUUCUGUCGAGAUUGUCGGAGACACAAUGGGCAUUCUCCUCAACUUCCUGAAGGACGAAGAGGUGAUCUACAACGCGUUCGCAUUUCUAGCGCCCGAUGUUAUUGUCGCCCCAAAUAUUGAGAACAAUACCCUGGACAUCUGCCGCAUACCACUCGGUAACGAGCCUGAGGGUACAGAACCCUCCGCUCUUGUCCCUGCGUGCAGGCUCGCUCUUCCUCCAUUGCAAGCAAACUGCGUAUGGUUCGGAAUCUGGUGUAGGUCCGAGCCAAAUCCCAUUGUUCCCGGAAGUGGCGCGCUCUACAGAGGCUCGAACCCAUUCUAUAGCGACUCUGCGGAGGCUAUCAUGCUGUUCAACUUCAUGGCGGUGGAUGCUUUACAGAUCAUGCGACUGUUCUCUAUGGUUGUCCAUCGGUCGUCCCUGCUUGCACAGCUUCCUCCAUUGGCCGAAGUGGAACUUCCUAGCGAUGACGAAGAACCUGCCUUACCCCCCGAAAUUGAGUGGGAUGCAUGGGGGCCACCGCUAUGUCGCUGGUUCGACACGAAUGACCUGUCUACACGGUGGAUCACCACGACGUGCGGUCAACGCUAUGUUACCCAGGGACCUCAGGACCCCGCCACCAUCAUGGUGCUCGACUUCAAUCAGAAGGCCAUCCACAGAUCGCUCAGCAGGCGAGGAUUUCUGCACUCGCCGUCUGCACCGAUGCAGGUCAGGAAGGUGUUAUCUAGUGACCCGGAUUCGGAUGUCACCGUGAGCUACGAGAUCGGCGGCGGCGAGCUUGAAUCGCAGGUCUUCGUGAGCCCAGUGAAGUCGUAUCUGCCCUAUAUGGCCGUCACCAAGAAAAAGGAUUAUGAAUACAACAGCGUCAUGUUGGAUGAAGGAGUAUUGAUAGGGCUGCAGCUGGAUGACGAGAGUGACAUUGAGAAACUGGUUGUACAUUCAAUCGCCCCGCUGACACUGGGGUGA